AUGUUGCUUAUUUUGGGGCUCACUGCAAAUUUGUCAUUGGCUUUGCAAGAGAAAGAUCAAGAUAUUUUGAAUGCUAUGUCACUGGUGGAAUCUACUAAAAGAGAACUGCAAAAGCUUAGGGAUGAUGGUUGGAGUUUGCUUAUGGAUAAAAUUGCUUCUUUUUGUAAGAAACAUAAUGAUGGAAUGCUCAUCAUGGAAGACGAUUUUGUUAAUCCAAAGAAUCCAAGAAAGAGAAGCAACAUAACUAAUAUGCAUCAUUAUAAGGUUAAUUGCUUUUGCACAGUUCUAGAUUUACAGAUUCAAGAGUUCAAUGAUCGUUUUACAGAGGUAACCACUGAUCUACUUAUUUGUAUGGCUGCUUUAAGCCCGACUGAUUCGUUUUAUGGGUUUGACAAGGAGAAGCUGAUGAGAUUAGCUAAGUUAUAUCCAGAAGAUUUUACCUAUGGUGAGAUUUUAUCUCUAGAGCAGCAACUUGAUAUCUACAUUGAUAAUACACGUUGA